ACAGAAGCUGGAGAGGAAGAAAAGUAGGAUAUCUCCGCAACCCCCCAAAGUCUCAUUCAGCACCACUCGCUGCUGGACAGCGACUGCGCGGAGGAGUUGAUCGAGAAUCAGGAGAUCUGGUCAAACAUCUAGUCUGGGAGUAACGCUGCUUUCUUCCCCAACACACACACACAACAAAGAAUUCACCCGGGCUGCUUUUACUUGCCACCCCCAGCCCCCACCCUGGUCCUCCUCUUCUUCUUUUCAAUCUUUCUCUGUGUGGCGGGUUGGGCGAGCAGCAUUCAAACGGCAGGAGAGCCUGGAGCUGACUGGAGCUGGCGCUGCCAAACAAAGACGCAGGAAAGGAGGAAAGAAACCAAACAAGGCGACUACACAAAUCGCAAAACUUCUUCUUUCUCUACUCUGCAGUCUCAGUUACUACGGAAAUUUAUAGGAGCCUAGUGUGGACCCCACGGUGACUUUAUGUCUGUUUGACAGACCAAGAGGAAAGCUAUAUGUAUCAGCGAGUUUCUGGAAAACCAGAGAAGAGAGGCGAACUUCCUGCCUUUGUUCUUGCCUUUUGAGAGCGUUCUCUGAGGACUCAGCCUCAGCAACCCCGCACUGUUUAGUUACCGCAUGUAUCCACCACUGUCAGGUGUAAGGGAAGAGUAAAACACAAAGAAGAGAGAAGAAAAGCAGAGAUAAACAGACAGCUUAAUUAGUACUUCUGAGUUCAUGUAAGAGCAAGAAAACAUGAGAAGAAACUUCUGAACACAACACUGCUCUGAAACCUACUGCAGCUAACCUUCAGAACAUUUGCAUGUGUGUGUGGGUAUAUGCAUGCACGCUUCUUUCAUUUUCAAAGGACUUGAAUUUGUAUUUGGAUGUGGAUUUAGCCUUUCAUUAUGACUCUGCAAAGAGGCCUUGAGAGAGUGUGGAAUGCCUGCCUCAGAGGCGUUUGCUGGGUAUUUCUGCUGGCAUGUUUUUUCCCAAUCACCUUGGCAGCCAAACCCAAAAUGCCAGGCCACACACACCUCAACUCAAUACGCAUUGAUGGGGACAUAUCUCUUGGUGGGCUGUUCCCAGUGCAUGCGAGGGGAAAUGAUGGCAAAGCCUGUGGCGAGCUGAAGAAGGAGAAAGGGAUUCACAGGCUGGAGGCCAUGCUAUUUGCUCUGGAUCGUAUCAAUAACGACAACGAGCUGCUGCCUAAUAUUACUCUGGGGGCCCGCAUCCUCGACACCUGCUCCCGGGACACCCAUGCACUGGAACAGUCGCUGACAUUUGUUCAGGCACUGAUUGAGAAAGACUCAACUGAUGUCAAGUGUCUCAGUGGAGGGCCGCCUAUCAUUACGAAGCCAGAGAGAGUGGUGGGAGUGAUAGGUGCCUCUGCCAGCUCCGUGUCAAUCAUGGUGGCCAACAUUCUACGUCUCUUCAAGAUUCCUCAAGUGAGCUAUGCCUCCACGGCCCCCGAGCUGAGCGAUAACACCCGCUACGACUUCUUCUCCCGCGUGGUGCCCCCAGACACCUACCAGGCGCAGGCAAUGGUAGACAUAGUUAAAGCAAUGCGCUGGAACUACGUUUCCACUGUGGCCUCUGAGGGAAACUACGGAGAAAGUGGCGUUGAUGCUUUUAUUCAGAAGUCUAGAGAGGACGGUGGUCUUUGCAUCUCACAGUCAGUGAAAAUACCACGAGAACCCAGAGCUGGAGAGUUUGAUAAGAUCAUCCACAGGCUGAGUGAAAACCCUAAUGCUCGAGUGGUGAUUAUCUUCGCCAAUGAGGAUGACAUCAGGCGGCUCUUACAUGCUGCUAAGAGAGCCAAUCAAACAGGCCAUUUCAUCUGGGUCGGUUCAGACAGCUGGGGAUCCAAAAUUGCUCCAAUACUGAGCCAAGAAGAAAUGGCAGAAGGCGCAGUCACCAUCCUACCGAAACGGCAAUCCAUCAAAGGUUUUGAUCGCUACUUCACCAGCCGAACGUUGGAGAACAACAGAAGGAAUAUCUGGUUUGCAGAGUUUUGGGAGAACAACUUCCAAUGCAAGCUCAGUCGGCAUGCUGUGAAGAAGGGAUCUGGCAUCAAAAAGUGUACAAAUCACGAGCGGAUUGGGAAAGACUCAUCCUACGAACAAGAAGGGAAGGUCCAGUUUGUGAUCGAUGCUGUUUACGCCACGGCUCAUGCCCUGCACAGCAUGCACAAAGACCUCUGUCCAGGAAAGGUUGGACUCUGCUCCAAGAUGGAUACCAUCAAUGGGACACUGCUGCUCAAGUAUAUCCGCAAUGUCAACUUUAAAGGAAUUGCUGGCACACCGGUGGUAUUCAAUGUGAAUGGAGAUGCUCCAGGUCGCUAUGAAAUCUACCAAUACCAGAUCAGAAAUGAAACCAUGGAAUACAAGGUCAUCGGCAACUGGACAGAUCAGCUCAACUUGGAAACCAAUGAGAUGCAGUGGCCUGGUGGCACACAGGAAGUUCCAUCCUCUAUUUGCAGUCAACCCUGCCGUCCAGGGCAACGGAAGAAGACAGUGAAAGGAAUUCCAUGUUGCUGGCACUGUGAGAACUGUGAUGGUUACCAGUAUCAGGCAGACACUUACACUUGCAAGAUGUGCCGAUUUGAUUUGCGGCCCAAUGACAACCACACUGGCUGUGUUCCCAUUCCCAUUGUUAAGCUGGAAUGGAGCUCCCCAUGGGCAGUCAUCCCUGUCCUCAUUGCCGUCUUGGGGAUCAUGGCCACUCUGUUGGUGGUUGCCACCUUUGUGCGCUACAAUGAUACACCCAUUGUAAAGGCAUCAGGUCGAGAGCUAAGCUAUGUGCUGCUGACAGGUAUAUUUCUGUGCUAUGCUACAACAUUCCUCAUGAUCUCAGCUCCUGAUGUAGUUGUAUGCUCACUCCGAAGGAUUUUCCUGGGCCUGGGUAUGAGUAUAAGCUAUGCAGCACUGCUUACCAAGACAAAUCGGAUCUACAGGAUUUUUGAGCAGGGCAAGAUGUCAGUCAGUGCUCCUCGAUUUAUCUCCCCAGCCUCCCAGCUAGUCAUCACAUUUAGCCUGAUAUCAGUUCAGCUUCUUGGAGUGUGCAUCUGGUUUGGUGUUGACCCAUCACAAGCAAUCAUAGACUAUGAGGACCAGCGUACAGCCAAUCCUGAAAUGGCCCGUGGUGUUCUGAAAUGCGAUAUAUCAGACCUGUCUCUCAUCUGCCUGCUGGGUUACAGCAUGCUGCUAAUGGUUACCUGCACAGUUUACGCCAUCAAGACUAGAGGGGUUCCUGAGACAUUCAACGAGGCCAAGCCCAUCGGCUUCACCAUGUACACCACCUGCAUUGUAUGGCUAGCCUUCAUUCCAAUCUUCUUUGGGACCUCACAAUCAGCAGAAAAGAUGUACAUCCAGACCACAACCCUGACCAUCUCUGUGAGCCUCAGUGCAUCCGUCUCCCUGGGAAUGCUUUACAUGCCCAAGGUCUACGUGGUUCUCUUCCAUCCAGAGCAGAACGUACCCAAACGUAAACGCAGCCUGAAGGCUGUGGUCACUGCAGCUACCAUGUCCAACAAGUUCAACCCCAAAGGUGGCCUGAGGCCAAAUGGAGAGGCCAAGUCUGAACUCUGUGAAAGUCUGGAAACACAAGUGCUGGCCUCAAAGCAGACAUACAUAAGCUACAGUAACCAUGCCAUCUAAGACAGAGGAGAGUCGUAGGAGUGGAGCAAAGGCCUGCCAGAGGAGAAUUCAUCUAUUUUUUUGGGAAGUAUUGUGGAAAUACUGGUGGACUUUAAUGCUGCUACAACACAGGAGACAGGGGUGGAAAGAUGGGAAUUUCUUACUCCAAAUGGAUGUCAUAUUUUUCUAGGGAAUCUGGUAAAGGCUUGAAUGCCAUAUUUAUGAGAAAGUGGUUAAUUGCAGGAGCAAAGUGGGAUACUUGGACAGUUAAUUUUCCUCUUCCCACCCUUUCUGAGAGACAACUGAUAAUUGAUCAGUGAUAUUUUCAGACACAGGAGUAAAACACCUGGAACCAACGAUAUGUGUUUCUUCUGACAUGUAUAGCACACUAGUUCAGUUCUCUCUAAGGCCGUAUCAUUUAUCUCAUUUCAACAAAAAAACAGAGAAGUGUUCUGUUUUUAUUAAAUGGAGCUGAUGAUGUUAAAUGGUAUCUAAAUAAUAAUUUUUGUUAUCAGUCAAGUUGAAAGCUGCAGUACUAUUCAAACUGUACAUGCCUUAUUACAGUAAACUCAGUAUUUCUACAUGAACUAACAUGUGAAACACUGGAAAAUAAAGCAGUGGGCCACCCCAGUGUUUUUUUUUUUUUUUUUGUUGUUGUUUUUGUUUCAUAAAAAUGGUGAUGACACCAUCAUCUUGGCAAACCUAGUGUACAGUCCCAAAGCAUGCUUAUGGGAGCAUCACGUGUACUGUGCUGUGUUGUCAACGUCUAUGGAAUGCAACAUUUGUCAUGGUUGUCUUUGACAGUUAAAGAUGUCAUUCUGGAUCAUUCCCCACUGGGAUAUCUUCUGCUGAAUGAAGACUAAUCGUACCCAGUAGGAGCAAAGCUAAACACACUCAUGGAAUAACUUGGUUUACAUCACUUUUCAUAUAUGUCAGCAAGAACCUGGAGACUUGACAAUGCAUAUGUUAAACAUCCUUGAUUAUUUUUUGGCCCUUAUUUACCAUCCACUUCCUGAAGUUUUAGUAAAAUCAAGCAGUUAUAGCACUGUUAAAAUUUCACCCCAAUCAAGUUUGAGAAGCAAGAACUUAUCAAAGGUAAUUUUUCUAUCAUCUUUUUUCUCUUUGUUUCUUUUGUGUUAAACAUAACUUACUGAAUUAUGUCUAACAUUCAGCAUAUACCUCAUUCUAAUGGUGGAACUAAUUCAACUGACAGUAUUCUGUCCCUAAAUACAGGGUUUGAUGAAAUGUUUGAUUUCUGAAGGGUCGAAAAAUACCCUGACCUAUCAGCAAUUUCAUACCAAUUUGUAUGUUGCACAUCUGAAUCCAUAACAAGCAUCGGUGCAAAAAUCCUGAUGGUGUUUCUAAUAGAAAAGUAGGAAAGGAUGAUGAAUUUUAUAUGCAUUUCUCUGCAAAGGUUUUAUAUGGUUGAAUGGUUUCUGGCCUCUGGGUGAUAAAUAUUAAUGUUGCAGUGGGGAUGAUAAAUGACAGUUUUAGUGGUAUUUUUGAUGCAAAAUUAAAUUUAAAUAGAGUAACUGAUUAGCAUUAACAAUGAAUUAGAGAAGGUUUGAGCUUGGUUUAAAAGGAGUUGCCAUUUUAUUCUGGAUCAUUCUGUUUGGUCCUCACAAACUCAGAAGGAAGCUGAAAGGCCAGGGAAUAUGCCACUAACAAGAUAGUACUUUUGCAAUAUUAAAAUGUGACUAUUUGUCAACACAAGGAUCAGCUUGUGACAUCUUCGGUUUUUGUUUCUGUAAAUGUUUUUGCUUCUUCCUUUGUGGUAAACAUAAAAUCCUAAAUUCAGCUUUAAAUCUCCUGAGUAACUGCUUCAAAUCUUAAUCCAUUGAUUUCUUUAAAAUAGUGACAAAUAGUGGAUGAAAACCAAAUGAAUGUGUUUGAUAAAUAAGGGCCAGUGCCUUCAUUUUGUGCCUCAUACCCAUUGAGCUACUCCUGUUAUCCAGGCAGGAACUCCUUCCUUUUCAACUGUAUUCUGUUCAUAAUUAAUUCAGAACUGAUGUACAAUUUGUAAGCAAGUGUGUAAACCACAUUUCUGUCUUCAGUCUCUUAAGUAAUCGUCAUAAGCAGUAACUCUGGAGUUUGUCUCAUUAAAUGUUCUCCUCAGCGAUGCAAAAAUCUGUAUGUUGCAUGUCAGAACCCAUAACGAGUCAUGUGAACUAUUUGGGAGAAUGAGGCAUAACGUCCAGAGGGAAAACUACUGCAGAGGAUUAUAAAUAAAUAUUUUCAAUCAAUCAAUGAUUCUCUCAGCUUCAGCAAGUUUAAGGUGUUGCCGCAAAUGUUUUCUUCAUCAUUUGAACAAGUAUUGUUUGUGGGAUUGUUUGUGUUUGUGAAUAUGAUAAUUUACUG